CGCCUAGAUUAAUAGCGACACAUUAGAUUGAUAAGUGGUUCACAACAUCAUUAGAGAAUAGAUCGCCCUCAGCUACUGCAAUUAACAUGUCUGGGAAAAUGAGAAAUCUCCUCUUUCUCCUGUGUGUCACUAAAGUUCUAUCGAGCGACGAAAGUCCUAGUGUGAUUAUCAUCGGUGCGGGUUCUUCCGGUAUCGCUGCAGCUUCGAAAUUACUUCAAAAUGGAGUGCACGACGUCACGAUUCUGGAAGCAGAGAACAGGAUUGGAGGAAGAGUUUACAGCACAAGAAUCGGUGAAUACAUGAUUGACAUGGGAGGACAGUGGGUUCACGGUGAGAAGGGGAAUGUUGUCUAUGAGAUGGCAUGGCCUCUUGAUCUUCUCUCUCAUCGAGGUGGUCCCAAUGAUCGAUCAAUAUUCUACAACAUGGCGUUUACAACAAUUGCAAAAACAAUUGGAUCGGAAGACGUUGCUGCUCAAAUGAUAAGAGACACGUGGGAACCGUUUAAGUUGUUCGGCACAGCUGGGGACAAAGUAGAUUCUGCAAUGACCCAAGAGAUCACCAAGUACUAUUUUAAUAUUACGGAGGAGUGGCUAGGGAUUGACGAUUUGAAGAGUGGAUCUGUUGGUGAAUACCUUGACAUGAAGUUGAAUGAAUAUUUCGCAACGCAUAAAAAUAUCCCCGAGCACUUGAAGAAACCUCUGACAAAUGUAUUCCAUCGAGAGCGAAUGGCUUUCGAAGGUGCUGAGGAUUUGUAUCAAGUGUCUGCGAAAGCGGCCAGGGAUUUUAUUGUGGAUGGGGAUUUCUUGAUCAACUGGAAAGAGAAAGUGUAUGGGACUAUUCUCGAUGUACUGAUGAAAAGGUAUCCGAAUCCCGAAGAGGAGCUGCCCAUCAUGAACAAAACUCUGUUGAACAAGAAAGUUUCGAGGAUUGAAUACGAUGCUGAUGGGCCAGUCAAAGUGAAGACUUCCGAUGGAGACGAAUAUGCAGCGGAUUACGUGAUAUUCACACCGUCAUUGGGUGUCCUGAAAGCGAAUCAUAAGAAUUUAUUCCAGCCGCACUUGUCAGCUCGCAAAAUUCGGGCAAUCGAAAGCCUUGGGAUAGGGCACGUAGGGAAAAUUUAUCUGUUCUACGAUGACCCAUGGUGGACGAAGGAUCUCGACACCAUCUACAGAUGUAUCCUUUGGUCAGAGGACGAUGAGAAAACCCUGAAGAGUGAUCCGGAACGGAGGUGGAUGCUGUCAGUCUAUUCGGUGAAUCGGAUUGAGUGGAAGCCCAAAGUGAUAUGCCUCUGGUUGACUGGACCAAACAUCAGGGAAAUGGAGAUGCUGCCUGAGGAGUUGGUGAGGAAUCAGUCUCUCUGGUUGGUGAAUAAAUUUUUUGGCAAGUCCUACAAUCUGACGGAGCCCACGGAGAUGAAGAGGACCCACUGGAACUCCAAUGAGAACUUCCUCGGGACUUACAGCUGGAUGAGUCUCGAUGCUCAGCGGAAUAAUGCAACUGCUCUUGAUCUUGCUGAACCCAUAAUGCGGAGUAAUGAUAAACCUGCUGUUAUGUUUGCUGGAGAAGCAACAAGUGAUUUUUAUAGUACUGUCCAUGGUGCCAUCAGUUCGGGCUGGCGUGAAGCCGAACGAAUUAUUCAGGUCUUUGAGACGUACCGAAAUCGUGAGACAAAAAUUUAAAAUUCAGAACAUAAAAUUCUGUUGCAUAUAAAAAUAAAAUUGUAAU